UUUUUUUUCCCUUUAGUCUUCAUUGAUGAUCCCUAGCUGACUCAUCCUGCAAAAAAGGUCAACAAUCACCUUGUUUCCUUUUAAGUAUAUAUAUGCCCCUUUAGAAUUCAAGGAUUCAUCAACCAAAAUUACAAGAGCUCUUCAAUACUUAUCACAAGCUAAUUAACCUUUCACAAGCUAUAGUCCUUGCACAACAAAAUCUUCAAAGGCAAGAACAAGAUAACAAACAGAAAUAUGAAGACAUCAUUUCUUCAUGAGCUACUUAAUGGAAUUUCUAUCUCCUCAACUUAUCCAAAUGGGAAGUCGUCAAAGAGAUUCUUACCUGAUUCUUCUGGCAUAUACAGAAAAUCCAUCACAAAAUCAAAGCAAGGUAAACUAAAUUCGGUUAUGACUAAGAUAACAAAUACAGUAAAAGGGAAAUUAAGGUUGGGAGCAAGAAUUCUUCAGGUUGGUGGAGUAGAAAAAGUUUUCAUGCAACUUUUUAGUGUUAAAGAUGGGGAGAAGCUUUUGAAAGCAUCACAAUGUUACUUAUACACCACAUCAGGUCCUAUAGCUGGCCUCCUCUUCAUUUCCACUCACAAAGUUGCUUUCUACAGUGAGAGAUCUAUCAAAAUUUCUUCCCCAAAAGGAGAAUUGAGUAGAUUCCACUAUAAGGUCUCUAUUCCACAUGAAAAGAUUCAGCAUGUUAACCAAACUCAAAAUGUGAAGAAACCUUCAGAAAAGUACAUAGAAAUGGUCACUGUAGAUGGUUUUGACUUCUGGUUCAUGGGUUUCUUUAAUUACAAGAAAGCUUUAAGAUAUCUUCAGCAUGCUAUCUCUCUAGCUCAGAGGGAAAAUUUGUAGAAAUAUAAGUGAAAUUGUUCUUCCUCUACUUUGUCAAUUAUUCUUUGAUGUUGCAGAUGUUCCAAAAGUGUACAAAUAUUUUACAUCAUUUUGUUAAAUAUAAAAAGCUAGUUGUUUCUUAAA